UGCUGGAACAGUAAAACAGAAAAAUGAAGGCUUGUGUAGGACUAGUGUGGUUGCUCAUCGUUGUGUUUGAGCUUAUGCCGAUGUUAACCCUUCUACACCUUAAGCCUGUGCAAAGCUUGAGCCCACCUGUUUUAUGCCGUAGCCUCUGUGGAGGGAUACCCAUAAACUACCCUUUCGGGGUGGACGAUGGCUGCGGUGCACCGCAUUACCGGAAAAUGCUGAAUUGCAGUACUGACCUGUUUCUACUCGCCCCGUCAGGCUCCUAUAAGGUCCGAUCGAUCGACUACGACAAGCAGACGAUGGUGAUUUUCGAUCCAGCGAUGUCCACCUGUUCGAUGCUUCAGCCUCACCAUGACUUCGUCAUGUCGGAGAUCCAAUCGGUAGUAAUGCCACCCUCGUCCGAUACUGUUUUCGCUCUCCUCAAUUGCUCUAUUGACUCCCCUGUUCUCAACCACUACCGCUCACUCUGUUUCAACUUCUCCGGCCAUUCCUGCGAUGAGCUCUACAGUGCCUGCACUUCUUUCCGAAUCUUCCAACAGUUCCACUCACUUAGCCCUCCUUCCCCUGCUAUUAUAACCCCCAACCCAUUCUACUCUAACGCAUCGUCUCCUCCUCCUCCUUCUAUCUCCCUCUCUCCUCCUCCUCCCUGUUGCUUCACAGGUUACGAUACAGUAAAGCUUAUGAGCAUGAACAUACUGGACUGCACGCAUUAUACGACCGUGUACGACACGGACAAUCUCAAGGGUGUAGGGCCACUGGACUGGUCUUAUGGGAUGAAACUCGCCUACACCGUUCCCAACGUGGGCUGCGACCGGUGCCAGCGCUCCGGUGGCACCUGCGGCUUCGAUACAGAGACGGAAGGGAUGCUUUGCAUAUGCUCUACCUCUUCAAACGCUACUAGAGAUUGCGGUAACUUUGUGCGAGGAGGCAACAUUAACGCAGCUGCAAAUUGGGGUCCCAAAAAAUCGCCAUUGAGGUUAUUCCAACUGCUAGUUUUGGUGUUUGGAGCACUUGUUAACAUGAACUUAUGGAAUUUCUCUGUGGUGUGACAUUUUACACGCUCAGUAUAUUAUUUCUCCCUGUAUCACCUAGAAAUUAUUCAUCGUUGG